CAGGUGACAGGCGCGGGCUGCCCCGCAGUGGGGAAAUCCAGAGGGCAGGGGUGGCCGGCGCAGCAGACGUACCCUCCCUUGCUGCCUGCCUGCGGCCUGCCCUGCACGCGGGAUGGCCCUGAGGAAAGCGGGUGACCUCGAGCCUCAGUUCACACCUGAGCGCCGCUUCCGGCGCUGGUAUCAGGCUCACUCAGGCAGAGCCCUCCUCGGGCCGCCUCCCCAAGCCUUUCCCCCCGCAGGAGGCCUGGCCCUGGCGCUGCUGCUGCUGUCCUGGGUGGCACUGGGCCCCCGCAGCCUGGAGGGAGCAGAGCCUGGAACGCCGGGGGAAGCCGAGGGCCCAGCGUGCCCGGCCGCCUGUGUCUGCAGCUACGAUGACGACGCGGAUGAGCUCAGCGUCUUCUGCAGCUCCAGGAACCUCACGCGCCUGCCUGACGGAAUCCCGGGCGGCACCCAAGCCCUGUGGCUGGACGGCAACCACCUCUGGUCCAUCCCCCCGGCAGCCUUCCAGAACCUCUCCAGCCUGGGCUUCCUCAACCUGCAGGGCGGCCAGCUGGGCAGCCUGGAGCCGCAGGCGCUGCUGGGCCUAGAGAACCUGUGCCACCUGCACCUGGAGCGGAACCAGCUGCGCAGCCUGGCAGUCGGCACGUUUGCACACACGCCCGCGCUGGCCUCGCUCGGCCUCAGCAACAACCGCCUGGGCAGGCUGGAGGACGGGCUCUUCGAUGGCCUCGGCAGCCUCUGGGACCUCAACCUUGGCUGGAAUAGCCUGGCGGUGCUCCCCGAUGCGGCGUUCCGCGGCCUGGGCAGCCUGCGCGAGCUGGUGCUGGCGGGCAACAGGCUGGCCUACCUGCAGCCUGCGCUCUUCAGCGGCCUGGCCGAGCUCCGGGAGCUGGACCUGAGCAGGAACGCGCUGCGGGCCGUCAAGGCAAACGUGUUCGCGCAGCUGCCUCGGCUCCAGAAACUCUACCUGGACCGCAACCUCAUCGCUGCCGUGGCCCCGGGCGCCUUCCUGGGCCUGAAGGCGCUGCGAUGGCUGGACCUGUCUCACAACCGCGUGGCUGGCCUCCUGGAGGACACGUUCCCCGGUCUGCUGGGCCUGCGUGUGCUGCGGCUGUCCCACAAUGCCAUCGCCAGCCUGCGGCCCCGCACCUUCAAGGACCUGCACUUCCUGGAGGAGCUGCAGCUGGGCCACAACCGCAUCCGGCAGCUGGCUGAGCGCAGCUUUGAGGGCCUGGGGCAGCUGGAGGUGCUCACGCUGGACCACAACCAGCUCCAGGAGGUCAAGGCGGGCGCCUUCCUCGGCCUCACCAACGUGGCGGUCAUGAACCUCUCUGGGAACUGUCUCCGGAACCUUCCGGAGCAGGUGUUCCGGGGCCUGGGCAAGCUGCACAGCCUGCACCUGGAGGGCAGCUGCCUGGGCCGCAUCCGCCCGCACACCUUUGCCGGCCUCUCUGGGCUUCGCCGGCUCUUCCUCAAGGACAACGGCCUUGUAGGCAUUGAGGAGCAGAGCCUAUGGGGGCUGGCGGAGCUGCUGGAGCUCGACCUGACCUCCAACCAGCUCACGCACCUGCCCCACCGCCUCUUCCAGGGCCUGGGUAAGCUGGAGUACCUGCUGCUCUCCCGCAACCGCCUGGCAGAGCUGCCGGCGGAUUCCCUGGGCCCCCUGCAGCGGGCCGUGUGGCUGGACGUCUCGCACAACCGCCUGGAGGCAUUGCCCAACAGCCUCUUGGCGCCACUGGGGCGGCUGCGCUACCUCAGUCUCAGGAACAACUCGCUGCGGACCUUCACGCCGCAGCCCCCGGGCCUGGAGCGCCUGUGGCUAGAGGGCAACCCCUGGGACUGCAGCUGCCCCCUCAAGGCGCUGCGGGAUUUUGCCCUGCAGAACCCCAGUGCCGUGCCCCGCUUUGUCCAGGCCAUCUGUGAGGGGGACGACUGCCAGCCCCCCGUGUAUACCUACAACAACAUCACCUGUGCCAGCCCGCCCGAGGUUGCGGGGCUCGACCUGCGGGACCUCAGCGAGGCCCACUUCGCUCCCUGCUGACCAGGUCCCCGGACUCAGGCCCCCGCCUGGCUCACCUUGUGCUGGGGACAGGUCCUCAGUGUCCUCAGGGGCCUGUGCUGUGCACUUGCUGAAAGACGCAAGGGCCUAACUGGGGUGGAAGGCAUGGCGGCCCCCCCAGCUGUCAUCAAUUAAAGGCAAAGGCAAUUGAAUCU